AUGUUUAAGAGUGCAGGGGGUUUUAUUGACAAAGCAGCAGCGCGAUGUUUGUCGCAAGGCACCAACGCGUGGACGGCGACCGAUCAUACAAAUUAUACACUCGAAACAGCAGGUUAUGAGGGUCUCUUUACUCUUUUACCCGUUUAUUUGGAGCAUUUAUUUCUUCCUACUUUGAAUGACGAUUCUUUCUUAACAGAAGUUCAUCACUUUAAGGCAGAUGGGACCAGUGCAGGUGUGGUGUACAGUGAGAUGGAGUCAUGCGAACGUACUUGUUCAUCGAAUAUAAACGAAGCUUUUCUAUCUCUUGUUUAUAAUAAAGACAGCGGAUACUGUCAAGAGACAGGAGGAAAGCUGCACUGUCUGAAGGCUACAAAUAAUAAAAGAGUGGGACAGUAUCAUCGAUACUUUUAUAAUUUUCAGAAUGCUGCUAUAACUGUCUCAGGCUUAUUUCCUAUUGAUUUGCUGCUUCAGCAUAUUGCUUCUGCUCUAGAUAAAGUUCAAGCUGCUGCUGCUUCUCCUCCUCCUCCUGCUGCAUCAUCUGCUCUUAGUUCUGCUGCUGCUGCAGCAGAAAUAACAGCAGCAGCAUCAGCAGCAGCAGCAGCAGCACAUUCUUUAGAUCUGUCGACUUUUGAUAUACCUUUCUCUGCUUACGGCUCACCCUGGUCUUCCCCUAUUAACACCGCUCCUCCUAAUAUCAGCAGCAGCAGCAGCAGCAGCAGCAGCAGCAGCAGCAACAGCAGCAGCAGCAGCAGCAAUGUGAAGAUUGUUCGAUACCCUGCUGAUAGUAUGGAUGGCGGUAAUGUAUUAGUCGGUUUUAGAGGUCUUCUGUGGGAGCAGUUUAAAGAGAGAGAAGUAAUUGAGAAGCUUUGUAUAUAUCUAACAGACUCUAGUCAAUCUUUGCUGCAGCAAGCACUUAUUGAGACAGCACAUCCUCUAUGCUCUUCUCUUAAAUGCGGUGGUGAGAAUUUUAAACGCACCUGCUUCUUUUUUGAAGCAGCAGGCGUUGCUCUACCUCAGCAGCUGCAGCAGCAGCAGCAGCAGCAGCAGCAAGAACUGCAGCAAGAGCAGCAGGAGAGGCAGCAAACGGACGCGAAGAAACAGCAGCAGCAACAGCAGCAGCAGCAGCAGCAGCAGCAGCAGCAGCAGGAUGCAGAGGAAGACUUGCUGGAAGCUGCGCAGGAGCAACAGGGUUUAAUUGUCGCAAAUAAAAUAAGAGAAGUAAUAGCAGCAGCAGCAGCAGCACCAGAUAGCUUCGAUCUUAACAGAGUGCAGCAGCUAAUUAAGAAAGACCUGCAGCAAUUUGCAUAUGCUUUAGAGCAUUCACCUCAUUCUACAGUAUUAGAGUUGAUAAUUGAGUAUUUUUUGUAUGGUAGCAGCACGAAAGAUUUGCUGCUGCUGUGUGACCAGUGGUCUAUAGCAGCAGAUUUGCUGCAACUUCCUGCUGCUGCUUGGGUGCAGCAGCUGCAGCAGCACCUUGUUGAUGCUCCUGCUGCUAUAGUUUGCUGCUGGCCUUCACGUCGGUUGCAGCAGCAGUACGCUGCAGCAGAUGCAGCAGCAGCAGCAGCAAUCCAACAGCACGUUGGUAGCAGCAAACUGAAGCUGCUGGAGCAGCAUGUUGCUGCUGUUAAGCAGCAGCAAAGCCUGCCCUUCCCUGAAGCAGCUCUGUCAAGCAUAAACUAUGCGAGUGUAUCGCAUGUGCAGCUUAUUAAAACAAAUGUAGCAGCAAACUUCUCUCUUGCUGCUGAUGCUGAUGCUGCUGCUGCUGCUGAUAAUGAUGCUGAUGAUGAUGGUUCUGCUGCUGCCGCAGGCAAAGCAGCAGGAGACACAGCAGCAGCUGCAGCAGCAGCAGCAGCAGCAGCAGCAGCAGCAAGAUCGCUCGAAGGCUGCAAUGGUUUGCUGCUGAUUCUUAAUGACAUUCCUUCUGAGUUUGUGUCUCUUCAUUUAAUUAUUAGGAUUCCUAAGGAUUGGACUGAGCAGCAGAAGCAGCAAAUGCUGCUGAUGCUGCUGCUGCUGAGAGAGAGCGAUGUUCAAGUGUCUGCGCAGCAAGCUAAACUUCUCAAUAUAGAUGAAGAGACUAUUCAAAAAGGAAUUGCUGCUGCUGCUGCUGCUGCAGCAGAAGAAGAGCAACAACAACCAGCAGCAGCACCAACACCGGCUGCAGGGGCAGCAGCAGCAGGAGACUCAGCAGCAGUGCGGCUGCCUCACUCUGUUGUGUCUAAGUUGCUGCUGCAGUAUACAACGCAUAACAACGUAGGAGUAGGGUUCAGCAGCAGCAGCAGCUGGAAUCUACAUCUCGGGGGUUUAUAUAAUAUUGUGUCUCUUCAUUUUACUGCUCCUAUUAGCUUUUAUAAAGAGGUGCUGCUGCUGCUGCAUAUAUUCAUGUAUAAGGUUUGUUUCUCAGAUGACAGGCUGUCUGUACAGCUCAAAAAACAAAAGAAACAGCUACAAAAAUUAAAGCAUAAACCCUACUUCUUGCUGCAGCAGCUAGAGAUGUCUCUUUGGUUUCGGAGCAGCAGCACAUGCCGCAUUGCAGGCUGGGGAAGCAGCAGCAACAGCACUGCAGCAGCAACAGCAGCAGUAGCAGCAGCAGCAGCAGCAAAGGAGAAUAACGAAAAGUUUGAGCCUGCAGUUAAACCUAUUGCUGAGGUGUAUAGGCAGCUCUUCAACCAUCAACGCAUGCUGCUGCAUGUUGGUGCUGCAGCAGCAAAGCUGCCACAGACCUGGAAGGAAGAUAUACAAAGUUGUUUAUUUAUUGAUAAGCAACAGCAGCAGCAGCAGCAGCAGCAGCAGCAGCAGCAGCAGCAGCAGCAGCAAACUCUUAAUACCCUCCUGGAUAUAGGUCUCUCAGCAGAAGACAAGGUAAAUGCAGCAAACAGCAGCAGCAGCAGCAGCAGCAGCUGCAGCAAGAACGGCAAGGCCCUUCCUGCUGCUGAUGCAGGUGCUGCUCCAGCCACACCAGCAGCAGCAACAGCAACAGCAGCAGCAGCAGCAGCAGCAGCAGCAGAUGCACGUGUUGUUGUGGGCUUAAGCAGCAGCACUGCUUCUUAUUUAAGAGCAGCUGUUGAGGCUCCAGCUGGAUAUAACAAAACAAAUAAAAUUUUCUCGUCUCUUCUCAUUGUAUGUGAAUGCUUUUCAAUGAUGGAAGGGUUGUUGUUUCGAGUUGUACGAGGAGGAGGGCUUGCAUAUGGCUGCGAUUUGUCUUAUAAUGCUGAUGCGGGUUUACUAACGCUGAGGAUCUCUCCUGCUACAGACCCCGUCGGGGCAUUGGAGGCGUCUUUAAAUGCAUUUCGGCCUUUUGCUUCUGGGGAGGCCAAACUAACAGAAGACGAAAUUAAAGCUGCAAAAUGUUCUCUUAUAUGCGCACUCGUCGGGGGAUAG